UUUCCAUCGCUGCCCAUCCUCUCUCCCUCUCUCUUUAUCGUUCGGCGAGGAGAACCUCCAAUUGCCGGAGACUGUCGCCCUCGGAGGAUGCGCCGGUUUAUGGUGUCUUCGCCGGCCUUGCUCGCGCUCCGGAGCGGCACCGGGUGGUCGGACGAGGUGAACGGCUCUGCCUUGUGGCAAGAUCGGAUCUUCCACACCCUCGCCCUCCUCUACGGCCUCUUGUCCGCCAUCGCCCUCAUUCAAUUGAUUAGGAUUGAAUGUAGAGUGCCGGAGUUUGGUUGGACGGCGCAGAAGGUCUUCUACUUUUUGAAUUUCCUUGUUGACGGCGUUCGGUCACUGGUCUUUGCAUUUCGUCGGGGUAUUGAGAAAAUAAGCCCUGAGGUACCUUCUUCUUCUUCUCUGAUAUAUGCUUCAUGGUUAUUGAGUGCAUCUAUAUACUUGUUGGAGUUUCAGAUAAUUCAACAUAUUCUUCUGGACUUUCCUGGUCUUGCAUUCUUUACUACCUAUGCAUUGCUGGUAUUAUUUUGGGCAGAAAUCUACUAUCAGGCACGUUCAGUAUCUACUGAUGAGCUAAGGCCUACGUUCUGUGCAAUUAACACAGUUGUGUAUGUUACACAGAUCUCACUUUGGCUGGUCCUGUGGUGGAAGCCAAUCCAAGCCAUGAUAAUUGUCUCCCAAAUGUUAUUUGCAGGUGUCUCAUUGUUUGCUGCCUUUGGUUUCCUUUUGUACGGUGGGAGGCUUUUCUUAAUGUUGAAGCACUUCCCUGUGGAAUCGAAAGGGCGCCGAAAGAAGUUGCAGGAGAUCGGCUAUGUUGCAGCUAUAUGUUUCCUCUGUUUUUUAUUCAGAUGUGUUUUGAUGUGCAUCAAUGCGUUUGAUAGAACUGCAGAACUUGAUGUUCUCAACCACCCAAUUCUGAACUUCGUCUACUACAUGUUUGUUGAGAUCCUGCCUUCUUCCUCGGUACUUUUCAUCUUGAGGAAGCUGCCACCUAAACGUGAUAUAACUCAGUACCACCCAAUUCACUAAUUGAAGUAGUAGCAGUUCCUGAACUAUUUGAUGCUGAAGUAUCCAGAGACUGAGUUUAGCGGAAAGUGGCAAUCCCCUAGAUUGUGAUAUGAUUCGAAGAAUUAGGGUUGUUUCAUCAGGAUUGAGAAAUGCUUUGUUUCUAGGUCUGUGUAUCGUUAUUUAAACUCCCACGACUAAAUCAUUGCAACUGACUAAUUCUUUGAUACGUUCUGGGCACAACUCGGUUUUAGUGUUUAUUGUUCAUUACUCAUUAGAAACUCGGUUCAACUGAUACGGAUUGUGUAAGCUAUUCAUUCGAUCAUAUUUCUUUUUUA